UUCUUCUAAAAAUCUUUGUGUUCAGCAGAAGAAAGAAAGUCAUACACAUCUGGGAUGGCAUGAGGGUGAUUAAAUGAUGAAAGAAUUUUCGUUUCGUCCCCACAUAACUCUUAGGCAUAUGCAAUUGAUUUGAUUGACCACUAGAUGGAACUAUCCCGCUUAAAGUAACUUUGCAUUAAAGUGCGACGAGGAAGUUGCAAACAGUUUGCUCUUGCAAUAUUUUGUGCCAAACUGCCAACAUAUUUAAUUUCAUCAUUUCAGUUUCGUAAUAUUGAUAAGAACAUGGUCGGUUGCAGAGGAAUCCAAAUAUGUCAUUAAACACUCUAUAUUUAUUACAUUCUUAUUAUACUCUUAUUGCACUCUAAAUACUCUAUUCAUAUACCUUUGUUUUUCCAAAAAAUGCACUAAUUGAAUAAUACAUCAUGAAGAUGAAAAGAUUUUAAUAGGUCUUAAGAAGGGAGCACUAUGGGAUCAAAAUCCCAUUAAAUGUAUUGUGGUCACGGAUCCAAAAAUUAUAAGCGUGAAUUAAAAGAAAAUAAUACGAAAAAAAAUAAUAAUAAGUUCAAAAAAUAAAUAAAAAACACAGAUCAAAAUAAUUAGCGCAGAUCAAAAAAUAACAAACACGAAUCAAAAAUAUAUAAACACAUUUAAUAUAUGCUGCAAAAAAUGCGCUUGUAAAAACAUGCAUCAAACAUCCACACCAACCCAGCCUUGUUUUUUUUUUUUUGUUUUUUUUCAGAUAUGCAAAACGCCCCCUGAUUUACAUGAAACUCUACUCACAAGUUUUGGAAAACCAAGAGCAGAACUUGGAAACAAAAGCAAAGAAAGAUACAGCGUAAGCAUACAAAAAAUGAAAAUAUGAAAGCAAAACUGUCAGACACCACAAAAAUAAAAAACAGUAAUAUAACCUUACUUUGCAAUUCUGAUGACUUUGCUUUAAUUUUUCUGUUUUGUUUGUUUUUUUUUUUUUAUUUUUUUUUUUUUGCAGCAUAUAUUAAAUGUUUAUAUAUUUUUGAUUCAUGCUUGUUAUUUUUUGAUCUGCGCUAAUUAUUUUUAUCUGCACUUAUUAUUUAUUUUUGCACUUAUUUUUUUAUUUAUUUUUUUUAAUCUGUGCUUAUUAUUUUUUGAUUCACGCGUAUUAUUUUUGGAUCCGUGACCGCAGUACUUUUGACGGGAUUUUGAUCCCAUAGGAAGCAGUUCAAUUGCCAAUGUUGUAGUUGUCCAAAACCAAUGAAGAAGUCUAGAAGUUGAGUUUUAGCUAAAUCCAUUUUGAAAGAACAAUAAAGGUAUCUGCAACAACUCGUGUUAUCUGUGACUGUCCGUGUCUUGAAUGUUUACUUUUAUGUAAUUUUAAGGAUGUCCUGUCCAAGUAGCUCAGAAGGGCGUUACAAGAAUGAAAGAGGAAAAAAACAUUCAGACUGUAUUUAAAAACCUUGCGUGUCGCCUACCUAGGCGGCAUAUAAGGGCAUCAUACCAAAACAGCGAGACGCGUCGCAGCGGUCAAAGACGUCUGUUUAUCAAAUGUUUACAUAAGAAAACAACUGAAAACUGCGCGGAUUGAAAAACGCGGUCGGUGUGAACGACUAGAAUUGAGAAUUGCGUUCCGAACGUACUAAACAUGAUGCCUAGCUAGGCUUCUCGCUAGGUUUCGAGACACUCCUUCAUUCUCAUGAAUCCCUAUUGGUCAAACUAAUGUUCCUACUGCCACAAUACUGCACACACGUGACCCUUAUUUUCUGUACACACAGACACACACACACACACACAUUAUAACACAGCAGGCACUUAAAAGACAACGCCAUGGCGUUUUGACCAACACUUUCAGCCCACAUCCAUACAAACAUCAUGAACCCUCUCCGUUGACAGACACACAUUCAUGCACCCGUGAUGGCGAGCGCGCUGCAGAUGAAGCACUCCAGUCUGGAACAUACACGGAAGCGCGUGAUAGACCCACGGCGGAGGCAAGCUGCACUCUCAUUCCUCAGCAACAUCUCUCUGGACGGACGACCCGUGCAGGAUGACGGGGACAAUCAGACCGAGGAGGAGGACAGCUCAGUUAUGGAAGCAAGGACUAGACAGAGCCUGGUUUCAGCAGUGGGCCAGCAGCAGACACUGGCCGCAGCAGCGAACCAGGCUUUCAGCAGUGCCCGAGCUGCUGGCUUCAUGGCCGGGAUGACGGGUCCCAGCGCGGCUGCUCCUCCUCCUCCAGCGUGUAGUGCGGAUGCGGAGGGGGAUGAGAGUAGCGCUUCUGUGUUCAGCUCCCCUUUUUCUGCAGUGCCACCGGCGACGAGGGGGAGACUGCAGACGUACACUCAGGGAAUUCUGCCUGUGUCCUACAGGCAGUCCAGCCAGAACUACUGCUGUCUAGAGGGUGGACCGAUAGCCAACUCUGCCCUGGAGCUGCAGAGAUCCAGACGGAGGCUGAUAUCCCAGCGGUCUUCACUGGAGACUCUUGAGGAUAUUGAGGAAAAUGCCCCUCUACGCCGAUGCCGAACUUUAUCUGGUUCACCGCGGCCAAAGAGUUUCAAGAAGGUCCACUUCAUCAAAAAUAUGAGGCAGCAUGAUAUGCGCAAUGGAAGGAUAGUCCUUAUGAGUGGCAGAAGAUCCUUCUAUAGUGUAUUUUCUGUCCUGCCCUAUCGAGAUUGUAGCCAAACAGGGGAUGUGAAGGCAGAGGGCGGACGCCAGCGUCACCCCUCGGGUGGCAUGAGUGCCAAGGAGAUGGUGAUCGGCCUGGAGGGUGUUGAAUUGGGUGCAGAUGGCAAGACUGUUUCAUACACACAGUUCCUGUAUCCAACCAAUGUCCUGGGUCGUCGAAACACCAUCGACUCCACGUCGUCUUUCUCUCAGUCUCGGAAUGCCAGUCACCGCAGCCUCAUUCUGGCACGUGCCAACAGUAACCAGAGUAGCCUUGAUACAGGGAAUGAACUGGGAGAUUUCAGGGAGUACGACCCAAAUCUUCUGGAUGACCCGCAGUGGCCAUGUGGAAAGCACAAAAGAGUGCUCAUAUUUCCCUCAUAUAUGACCACAAUCAUUGAGUAUGUCAAGCCCUCUGAUCUCAAGAAGGACAUGAAUGAGACCUUUAAGGAGAAGUUCCCUCACAUUCGUCUAACACUGAGCAAGAUAAGAAGCCUGAAGAGAGAGAUCCGUAAGCUAGCUCAGGAGGAGUGUGGCUAUGAGGAGUCCACAGUGGCCAUGGCUUUUGUUUACUUUGAGAAGCUGGUGCUGCAGGGUAAACUCAAUAAACAGAAUCGUAAACUCUGUGCCGGUGCCUGCGUCCUCCUCGCAGCCAAGAUCGGAGGAGACCUUAAGAAGCAUGAAGUCAAGCACCUGAUUGAUAAACUAGAGGAGAGGUUUAGGGUGAACCGGAGAGAGCUGAUUGCCUUCGAGUUCCCUGCUCUGGUGGCCCUCGAGUUCAAUCUGCACCUCCCAGAGCACGAGGUCAUGCCCCAUUAUAGACGCCUCCUGCAAAACUCCUAGUGACAGCUCGGACGGAGUCCUCCUUCUCUCUUGAUCUUCUCAACCCAAGAUCUUCUCGACCAGAAAGCCCCUAUACACAUCACUGAUGUCCUCGAUCAUCUCCAGAUGUUGGAAUAAAGACACUAUUCCUCUGUUAUUAAAAAAAGACUUCUCAGCCAAAGUGACAACUCUAUACUGAACUCUUUCUAAAGGGAGUAUCUUGUUUCCUAGAAUUUUUCCUACGACCUUUGGGUACAUUUUAAGUGUUUGUUUUUUCAGUUGAAUUUUGCCUACUCGCAGGGUUAUGGUAAGUGUUACAGCUCAAGUGUUCAGGAAUGGAUAAACCUUUUAGUGUGUUUCCAAAUUUCAGGAGGCCAUUUUUAUUCUAAACAAGUUUGGGCUGUUUGAUUCGUAUUCUUUUCACAGAUGACAGUAUUCCUUUAUUUCCCCUUUCAGAACAUGUUGCAUCUUCCUUUAUCCCAAAUUUUGACAUUCUGCCAAAUCUGCCUAGUUUCUCUGCACUUGCUCUUUCUUGGUUGAAAGCCUUAAAAUUGGCAAGUCAAAUGAUUCUAAACUCUUAGAAGUAUGUGACUGUUCUCCGCAAGUGCAGUUUUCGAGUCUUUGGUAUGGUAGACCUGCACAGCAUCUGUAGAACAACAUGGUAGAUGGUUCUUCAUCUCAUUUCCUCAUUUAAAUUCAUUUUAUCCAGAAUUCCUGCUUUUAACCCUGCUGAAUUUCCAUGCUGGUUUGGUGCUGGUCUAGCUGUUGGACCAGGAAAAUCAUGCUUCUCUCCUGCAUGAAAUGCUGUUAAACAGCAUGAUCAUUCUGGUGAGGCUGGUUGACCAAGGAAGUCUUGCUGGUCUUUUCAGCAGGGAGUUUAACCACCACUCAAACUUAUGUUGUAGACGGUAACAGCAGUAUCUCUUGUGGGAGUUUUAUACAGUUCUUAAGGGGUACAUUUACGUACUCCUGUGGUUUUUCUACCCAUGUUUGUCGAUUUUGACACUGUAGUGGUGUGGCUCGCUGCACUCAUGGUUACUGUGUCCGUGCUCUAUGUUAGAGUGGAUUUUGAGCACAUUUGUAGUGCUACACUGAAUGAAGCAGCAUCAGGUCAUACCGCUGAUAAUCAUUGCUUACUAUUUUGCCUACAUGGGGCCAGCAGAGUGGUGGGAAAGGCCAUCUGCGUGAUGCUACGGUGUUGACUAAUGCAUGCACACCAUAGCAGUGUUAAGAACUACGUCAAACUUGCGUUUGACUUGUAAACACUACUUUUUAACAUUUGUUUGAUUUGAUGAUCAUUUUAAAUCAGUUCUGAACAAAAUAUUUGUUUUUCUUUCACUAUUGGUGGCACAGAAUUUUGUGUACGUGGAAUGUUAUCUCACAGUGCACUGUGUUGUCUGUGUUACUGCAUUCAUAAGGGGCCUUUCACACUGAACAUGUUUUUGCAUCCGUUUGCUCAGUUUUUUUAAUGGUUGUUCUAUGUAAACAUGUGCUAGAUGGACUUCUUUGACAGUUGCACCACGUCUCGCUGUUUUUUUUAGCAUCUUGCAUUGGAAUGGCUUCGAGACUAUCUGCUUUCUGUUCCAUUCGUUGCGCUGCAUCUAGAUUUUUUUAAUGCAAGAACGUGUUUGGUCUGAACGACCCCUAUCUUAAAUCAAGUACGUGUAAAGUGUAUUAUGUUCACUAUGCACUACUAAGUUAUGAACAACAGUUAAAGACAAACAUUUGUUCAGAGUUAUCCAAUCAUGGCAGAAGGAAUUGAACGUACAUUCAGAACAGUAGUGGCAAACUUGCGCAUUUAACCUUAAUUGUACGAUUAAUAAUGUCUAGAAAGUGAAAAGAUUAUUGUGAACAGGAUUUGGCCUUGAGAAAUGCACUUUAGGAUUUUUAGUGAGUAUCUUGGAUGCCCAAAACCGAUGAACGUUUGUACAAUGCAGAUACAUUUGUGUAAAUAUGCUGCUUUGCUUGUUCAAUAAAAAGGCUGCAUUUUGA